ACAAAUAUGCAGAUUUUAUAGACGCUAAUAGAAAAGAAGAUCCUGUUGAACGCCUGAAAACACUGAAGAGACUGAUUCAUGAUCUACCUGAACAUCAUUAUGAGACUCUCAAGUUUCUUUCUGCACACCUGAAGACAGUAGCAGAGAACUCAGAAAAGAACAAGAUGGAACCAAGAAACCUGGCAAUAGUAUUUGGUCCAACACUCGUGAGGACAUCUGAUGAUAACAUGACACACAUGGUUACGCAUAUGCCAGACCAAUAUAAAAUUGUAGAAACCCUCAUCCAAAAACAUGACUGGUUUUUCACAGAAGAUGAUGCUGAAGAACCUCUUACAACAGUUCAGGAGGAAAACACUGUAGAAUCUCAGCCAGUGCCAAACAUAGAUCACUUACUCACCAACAUUGGAAGAACGGGAGUAUCUCCUGGAGACGUAUCAGAUUCAGCUACUAGUGACUCAGCAAAAUCUAAGGGUUCUUGGGGUUCUGGAAAGGAUCAGUAUAGCAAGGAACUGCUUGUGUCCUCCAUUUUUGCAGCAGCUAGUCGCAAGCGGAAAAAAACAAAAGAGAAACCACAACCAAGCAGCUCAGAGGAUGAGUUGGAUAAUGUGUUUUUCAAGAAAGAGCUUGCCGAACAGUCUCGUGGUGACACAGCAAAAGAGGACAUAGCUAAAGGGGAAUAUGAAAGAGAGAGAGACAUAGGGAGAAAACAGAGGAUGUUUGUCCUGAAGGAAAAAGAGAACAGCAGUAAAAAAGAGGUGAAUGUUGUAAAGGAUGAAAAGAAGACAUUAAAGAAAGAAAGUAUCCUGUCAGAGGAACCUUCACUGCCUUACCAUGACAAAUCUACAAAAUCACCGAAUCUCAGCUGUCUGCAAACCACACAGAAGAAUAACCCAAAAAUGCCUGUUUCACAAUCUUCUUCCCAGGUUGAGGAGACAGUGUCUGACUCUGGGACUGUGCUUAGCACUUCAUCCCAGGCUUCCCAGCACAGAUACUCAUGCAAAAAAGUAGCCAACCCUGAAGUUAAACACAAUGAGUUUUUAGCAGCUGAUGUCAGUUCCAUCACCUCAGAUUAUUCAACUACUUCAUCUAAUAUGUACCUAACUGGUUUAGAUGCCAGUAUGCUGAGCCCUGAGGUGCAGUCGGUGACAGAAAGCAAAGGAGAAGAUGCUGAUGAUGAAAGAAGUGAAUUGAUCAGCGAAGGGCGUCCUAUGGAGACGGACAGUGAAAGUGACUUCCCUGUCUUUGCCACCAGUGCGGCUGCUGAAAGGCUGUCCAAGGGGAAGGUUUCAGAAGUGGUAAAGACCAGUCGGAGGAACUCUGAAGAAAGCGAAGUAAGUUGUACUGAGGGAAGUUCAACACCAAAGUUAGAGAGUCGCAGACUUUUUAGCUCACACAAACUUAUUGAGUGUGACACACUGUCUAGGAGAAAGUCUGCACGGCACAAAACGGACAGUGAGGGUUCAGGGGAUGCAAAGAGUGAGAAGGACUUGCCUACUGUGACCAAAAUGUUUGACAUAAUGAAAAAAGGAAGAUCGACAAGCAGUUUAGCUGCAUCAGCUAGAAGUGAGACUGACAAACAAGAACCUACCUGGAGACUUAAAAUUACAGACAGGUUAAAGCUGCGACUCAAAUCAUCUGCAGAUGACAUGUUUGGAGUUGGGAAUCAAAAAGCUAACUCUGCAGAGACUGCAAAGCGAAAAAAUAUCAGGCGAAGGCAUACACUUGGAGGACAGAGGGAUUUUGCUGAAAUAAGCGUCCUGAAUGCUUGGAAAGCUCAAGAGCCAAGUCAAAGUAGAGAGAAGGAAUCUGAGCUUUCAGCUGUGAAUCGGUUGAAGCCAAAAUGUCCAGCACAAGACCUCUCAAUCUCAGACUGGCUUGCACGAGAACGUUUACGCACUAGCACAACUGACCUUAAUACGGGUGAAACUGGAAAGCCCAGACUUGAGAACACUAGUUUAGCAGAUGUAUCAAAGGUUGAUCUGCCUUUAUCUGCAGAGAUGCAGGCAGAUGAAGGCAGUUCUUCCAGCAGCUUGACUUUAGUUAAUAGAACACCACCUUUGGGACCAUUUCAGCCGCCAGACCAGGUAAAUGGUGAAAAUUAUCAGAAUAUGAACAAAAGCAACUUUAGCCCAGCAGUUGAUGCCCAUCCUCAUAAACUGUCUGGGACCCAAGUGGUUAGAUCUCGAUUCUACCAGUAUCUUUGAAAUGGGGAGGUAUGUCCACUACAGCAAGUCAUUAACUUACUGUUACAGUUCCCAGUAACUGUGUGUAUGUGUGUGUGUACAUAUAUAUAUAUAUAUAUUUUCCUGUACUGUUGUUUUUAUGCAGCCUUCAUUUGGGCUGGUUUCAUCAAUAUGCUCUGUGGAACGUCUUCACAGUGCAUUACCACAGCCAGAAGAACACUAAAGUUAAAGUAUAUAUAUAUAUUUUAAGAAAAAGUAUAUUUGAUGGCUGCAUACAAAUGUUGAACAAAGCAUCUGA